AUGGGUGAUAUGCUCAGUGCUGGAGGAGGGAAUGAGGAAACUCUAUCAUUUCAUGCCCGAGCAGUGAGAACAGGUGUAGACCGAAGCAGCAGCAGCAGGAGUAACAGCCGCCAUGAGACAUGGCCUGGAGUAGUUGAUAGAGGACAGGCUUUGGAAUCAGGUUCAGGAUUGGUGGUUAGGUAUCUGACCCAUGCUCUCAAGUGUCCCCACCAAUUUUGUGAGACUUAUGGGUUUAUCAACACCUGCUUGCAAUCUCUUGUGAUAGAAAAAUUUGGUGAAGAGAUCUGGGAGAAACUCAAAUCAUGUGCAGAAAUCCAAGAUACCUUCAUGACAUAUACUGUAUAUGAUGAUGUCAUCACAAUAAAACUGAUCCAAGAAGCCUGCAAACUUCUAGGUGUCUCCAUGGAAGCUAUUCUGAAGAUGUUUGGAGAAUAUUUCUUUAAAUUCUGCAAGAUGUCUGGCUAUGACAGGAUGUUACGAACUCUAGGAGGAAAUCUGACAGAGUUUAUUGAAAACCUAGAUGCCCUUCACAGUUACCUUGCUCUCUCUUAUCAGGCAAUGAAUGCUCCAUCAUUUCGUGUGGAAAAAAGGACAAAUGGGGCAAUGCUUCUUCACUACUACUCUGACAGAAGUGGUCUGUGUCAUAUUGUCCCAGGAAUCAUAGAAGCUGUUGCUAAAGAUUUCUUCAACAUGGAUGUGACUAUGGAGAUUCUCAAUAAGAGUGAGGAAGAGGAAAGGACUGGGAAGAAAGAGCAUGUUGUGUUUCUCAUUGUGCAGAAACAUUGUGGGAAGGACAAAAAGAGAAGACCCAAGAUGUCUGAAAGAGGCAAAAACUCUCAGCAAGACCAAGAGGAGAUUGAGCAGGCUUUUCAGAGAAUGAAGGAGAAAUAUUUGACUUUCUCUGCCUUUCCAGUGAAGAAAUCCCGCUGGGAUAUCGUGAGAAGUAUUGUCAUAUUUGGAAAAGGAAACCUCCGGAAUCAUUUUGAGGCAGUGUAUCCAGAAAGGCUUUGGAUAGAUGAGAAAACUUUCUGUAAAGCUUUUCCCUUCCACAUUGUCUUUGAUGUUACACUGAAGGUCAAGCAAGCUGGAGUAAAUAUUCAAAAGUAUGUCCCAGGACUCCAAACCAGGGAUAUUCAGGUUGAUGACUAUUUUACCAUCAUCCAUCCUCAAGUCACCUUCAACAUUCUCAGCAUUUGCAAGUUUAUCAAUAGUCAAUUUGUCUUGAAAACUCGAAGAGAGAUGAUGCCUGAAGAAUGGAAAAAUCAGCCUACAAUCAAACUCAGAGGACAGAUGAUUUGGAUGGAGUCCCUGCAAUGUAUGAUUUAUCUCUGCUCCCCCAAACUCCGAAGUCUUCAGGAGCUGGAGGAGAGGAACAUGCACAUCUCUGACAUUGCCAGACAUGAUACCACCAGGGAUCUUAUACUCCUGAACCAACAGCGUUUGGCUGAAAUCGAGUUGUCUAACCAGUUGGAGAGAAAGAAAGAAGAGCUCCGGAUCCUUUCUAAACAUUUGGCCAUAGAAAAGAAGAAAACAGAAACAUUGUUGUAUGCAAUGCUUCCUGAGCACGUAGCAAACCAGCUGAAAGAAGGCAAAAAGGUAGCAGCAGGAGAAUUUAAAACAUGCACCAUUCUUUUCAGUGAUGUGGUGACAUUUACCAACAUAUGUGCUGCCUGUGAGCCUAUCCAAAUAGUGAACAUGUUGAACUCAAUGUACUCAAAAUUUGACCGGUUAACUAGCGUCCAUGAUGUCUACAAAGUGGAAACAAUAGGUGAUGCAUACAUGGUGGUUGGUGGGGUGCCAGUGCCUGUGGAAAACCAUGCUCAGAGAGUCGCUAAUUUUGCCCUGGGGAUGAGAAUUUCUGCAAGAGAAGUGAUGAAUCCUGUCACUGGAGAACCCAUCCAGAUCAGGGUAGGGAUCCAUACAGGACCAGUUUUGGCUGGAGUCGUGGGAGACAAGAUGCCCCGAUACUGUUUGUUUGGAGAUACAGUGAACACAGCUUCCAGGAUGGAGAGCCAUGGGCUUCCCAACAAAGUGCACCUCAGCCCCACUGCAUACAGCGCCCUGGAAAAUCGUGGAUUUGAGAUCAUUGAGAGGGGUGAAAUUGAAGUGAAAGGCAAAGGGAAGAUGACCACCUAUUUCCUGAUUCAGAAUUUGCAGGUCACAGAAAAUGAGAUCAUGGGGAGAACCGACAACCUUGAAAAUAGAGAAGCAAAUACUCUGGGAAUUCAAGAUGGCCAGACUGUUACUGUUGGGAGGUAUGAAGACAGUCAGCAUCUGCUCCCCAAUACUGAUGGAGCAUAUACCUGCAACAGAUCACCAAGUGAGCAGAGCAGUGUCAAGGAAUCAGACUCAAAGGGGAGAAGUGAUGAACAGCAGUCUCCUGAUCAAACAAAGACAUGUCACUUUGGUCAUGACAAUAUGCAUUCAAGUUUCUGUAUUUUGUUGUAAUAGCACGAGGAUCCAUGACAUCCCAAUCCCACCUCCUGCCCCUCCAACUUGUUGCUUUCUACUUUGAACACUUUAGCGGCAAAGACAAAUAAUUAUUUUUACCUUUUUAGUUCAACAAACAACCUUAUAUCUUGUUUCUUUCUUAUUCUGUGGGAGUAAAAGUUAAGAAAUCAAACACAUCUUGCAAGCUUAGAAAUUUCACUUCUAAAUUUUAAAUUCAAAACUGGAACUCCAAAUACUUAUUUGAUCUCCCAAAUUAUGUUUUGAGAUGUUAUGGCUCAUUUUCCUCUCUCCUAGAAAGAAAGAAAGGCAUUGUUUUUCCUUCUUUUACUUGUAGAGUUUGCAUAGAAGCCUCCUUUUUAGUUAAUAGAUUUAAACAUUUAUUUUUAAGAAAAUGUAUUGAUACUGAAGGCAUAGUGUUUGCAAUGUCUUUUGGAUUAAUGGUUGAAAUGGGCUGCAGUAUGAGAAAGACCUAGACCCAGCAGUCAGUUUGUAAACCAGCUAAUAGUAAACACGUGAUGUAAACUGAGCCCAGCCAAAAUUUGGAGAGUAAAUAAUGAUCUUUCCCAGUCCUGGUUUGGAAAAAGUGAGGCAAUGGAACAAAAACAAUGCCCGAGAGAUGCUCUGAAAAUAAAAUAUAAGAAGCAGAAAUCACUUUGCCGAGUUAGCAAAGAUUUGGGAAACAAAAUAUCAUGUAGCUGGGGGCACAGGAUGCCUGUUUUGCAAAGACAUGGCCAUCUCUCUCCUUCACAGCACUGCUUGCACCUAGGGCCAACAGCCAAACUAGACCUCAAAUCUUGGUGUAAAAAUAAAAUAUCAUCAAAACAGGACAAUCAGCUGAGCAAGAAGGGUCAGUAGCUAGAGUGAUUUCUAGAUGCUGAAGGAAUAUGUACACUAAAUUUUUACACUUUCUAAAUAUCAGUUGGAAGUCAGUCAUUUGCUGAGCAUUUUUUAUAAUAGCUUUUUAUUUUCAAAAUACAUGU